UAGAAUAAUAGUUUUCGGAGAACAUAUUUUUUUAGAACAUUUUCCAUAUCAAAUAAAUUAUUUUCUUAAGCUUUACAAGUUACAAUGUCAACAGAACUGAAUUUUCGACAACUUAUCGAUCUGGCUAUCGGUUCACCGGAGCCAGGACAUGUAAAUUUUUACGCGCUGCAUUUUUUACUUUUUUCAUUCGCCGAAAAGCUGAAUCUUAUCGAUGAACCUGUGGACAACACGAAGUACGAAAAUGUUUCGAUAGUUAUGAGCAGUGGCAAGUUCGGCAGUGAUUCGUGCGAUCAAUAUCAGGGCUCAGUCACUUUUGCACAUAGUAAAGGCUCCACGCUACGUCAUGCCAAGGAAUCGUCAAAGCCGUUGAUGAAACGCAAUCGUAAAAGAGAGACGGGCGGCGCUGAUCCCGACGAUACUGCAACUGCUGAAGGUACAGAAAUUGAAGAAGCGGAAGGUGGUGAAGGAGGGGAAGGCGGCGAAGGAACGGAAGGCGGUGAAGAAGCGCAAAAUAUUCAAGAGGAACCUCAGCAAGAAGUAGUGGAAGAAGGACAGUUAGAGGCACCACCUGAACCGGCGGCGCCACCAGCGGCAAAGCAAUCAAUUGACAAACCAAUAGAGCUAGAAAUUGUACCAGCAACUGGCGAGGAGGUGUUCGAUCAACCAGUCGAAGCAAAAACUUCGGGUGAAGAAAUUGAUCUUGCUAUACAAUUAGAACAUCAGCAAUUAACGAGUUCCGUCUAUCGUGGCAUUACCAUUAUGAAGGACCAACUUGAACUGGUAAUGGAACUUGUGCGUAUUGUCGUUUCUGUAACGGUGCAAAAGAGAGCCACACCCAUGCAAAUAGAACAAUUGCAAUCGUUAGUGAAGAAAAUGAUUGCCAUACAAAAGGAGAAUACAUAUAUAGAAAAUGCAUAUGGUUUUCGGAUAGACGGUACAUACUUCGAUCCCGACUUGGAUCGUCUGGAAGAUGGAGUUGAGGAUGAGGAAGUUGAGGAGGAAAGCAUGCACAGUGAUCCCUCCUACAAAUCGCCACUGACCUCACAUAUUACGGUACCACCAGCAGUUCGGCCAACACAAGAAGAAUACGACUUAGAUGCCCAUCUCUGCUACUCACCCGAAAAGCUAUUGGAUCAGCUGAUGGAUCUCAAGUCAGAGUUCUGUAUGCUAACGAAUAAAGUCAAUGAAAUUACUGCCACCAUACUCGAACAGGAUUGUCAACGUACCACAAGGCUGAUCGCCGAGCUACAAGAACAGCUUAAAGAUUUGAAAUUUUAUGUAACCAGUUUGAAAGAGGCUACCGAUCGCAUGGAAUCGAAAAACGUUAAUUACAGCGAGACCAUUGAUGAGCUCACCAAGACCAUAGAUGAAAUAAUGAAUGAUAAGAUCGAUAAGAGUGAAAUUGAGAUACUACUAGCUGAUAAAGUCGACUACAAUCAAUUGCAACGUAAAGUCUCCAACGAGCAGAUGCAAGAGUUCCAAUGCCGUUUGGAUAAGAAAUUCACCGAAGUUCAAAAUCAAAUCAAAACCAACGAUAAGAAUAUGUAUCAGGCCAUGGAUAAUAUAAGGAUAACACUCGGUUUGGCAUCUGUAGAUGAUAUACUGAAUCGAUUUAAGGAGAAGAUAGAGGCACAAAUACAAGGGCUGCAGGAGACACUGCGCAAGUAUAUGGACGCCACAAAUGACGAGUGCGCCGCCGCGGGUGCACGUAUAAAGGUGCUGCAGGAUCUCGCCUGCAUCUCCUGCGACACGACAUGUGUCAUGCGUACGAUGGAGAAGUCGAAGGUGGCAAAACUGCCAAAUGCGCACGCCUCGAAUUUGUUGAGCCCACUCAUCACCUACGAAAUCGGUUCGAUACGCAAGUCAGGCAUUAUGGGCUAUUAUCGAAAGGAUGAUUUCCCACAUGCACCGAAUGCCUGGCUUAACCAGCAGAGGGUUUCAAUGCGCAUGUGUGUGCCACGACACGCGGGCGGCGCCCACACUACUCACACCGCCAAGGAACACUUCGAAAAAGUCGUGAUCAGUAAAAAAUAAGACCUUAAUUUUGCGUAGAUCCUUAAAGCUAGCGUCUUUCAGUUUCAUUCCGUUAUAGGCUCUUUAAAUAUUUUUGUC